AUGGCUAAUAGCCGGACACUUCAUUUGACUUCAAUGUGGUCACUGGAGGACCAAGGAAUCCCAGAAAUCCGAGACAAACUCAAAGCAUUGAAUCCCGGUGCUUCGAUCAAGGUCGAAUAUCAACGUGAUAAACAUAUCUUGGUUGUUACGGGUCAAUUCAAUGAGGAAUUUGAUGUCAAAAUCACAUCGCUGCUUGCGAAUUACAUUGAAGAGCAUCGCAAUGAUGAUCUGCUCGAGACGACGAGAAUUCGUCAGCUUCCAAUCUCUACCUUCUUCGACCCCAAUCCCUUUCCUAGCCACGAAAGCGAUGCGCUCCCAGAGACGGAAACCCUAGUAGAGGACAUUGCCCCGGCACAACCCACUAGCGAUGGACUCAUUGUCAAAUUCUGGUAUCCCUCGCAGAUGGGAACGGGCCCCAUCUCUCAUGACUCGGACGCUCUUCUACUUCGCAUUUCCAAAAUGACGAAAACACAAAUCACAGUGGAGGGAGCCCGAGGGCUCCGUAUCUCUGCACAAUACAUGAACAACAUUGAUGAGGCAAUGGAUAUACUCGACUGCCUCGAAGAAUGUUUGGAUCUCAUUGAGAACACAAACCGAGGACUGAUCGUCUUUACUCCACAACAGGAGGACGCUACCUUUCGCAUCAUGACAUAUGCACAGAUCAGUACCACUGCCUUGUGGCGUAUUUUGAUCGACUUAAAUGCCUCUCUUCGUCUCCCAAAGAUAAUGACUCUGGUCGUCUGCGAAUUCGACGAGUCAGCUAACCAAUAUUGUCCACUUCGCAAACUUCGUCAGCCACCGCAAGUGGCUCAGAAAGCGAGCAUUAUUAGAGACUGGGAAGAUUAUCAUUUUCCAGAGAUCGGCCCGAGAAACGAUCCCUUUCUGGGGGAUAUUGAUCAACAUAUCGCGCCCAAAGGUGAGGCCCUUUAUGAGAGGAAUGACACUAAGCACCCGUAUCUCUCGACUGGUAAGGCAAAAGACGUCGACAAAUGGAUCUCUCGGGGUGUCACCAAACGGCCUAUGGCAAGCAACAUCCAUACAAGAGCAUCACUGGAAGAUGAUACGACCUCCCCUACGCUUGUUAAAUCCAAGCUCCAACCUGCGCCCAGCGUUUCCGCCCCACGGGAGAAGAGACAGUCCGUUCCAUUCAAGCCCAAUCCCGCUGGCGUCAAAGGACGCGUGAUUAUGCUACAAGAUGGAACUGUACCCAUUAACCAGUCUCAACAAGAAAAGCCAGACACUCCUCAUAGCCCAAAUAUCUCUCUGUUUGGCAGACUCAGCUACAGAGAGAGAAUAAGGGAGCAACAAGUAGCCGUUUCCAAACAACCGGAAACAAUGUCUGAGGCAACCGGUCCUGUGGCUUCUAUCUCUACUAGGGAAUCAGACUCAAAUGCCACCCCUCGUCGCCCAGUCCUAUCCACUCAUCCGGGCACAGCACCCAAACAACCGGGGGAAACGUCCCAUGAUUUGGCUAUCUCUCCCGCUAACCGAGAAGAGAAGCUAAAUAGCCCUCUGAGCCGACCAAUUCGUUCUCCAAGAGUCAAGAAGGGCCAGCUUUUCGGCACACUCGAGCCAGUGAAUUUACAGACCAAGAUCACGAGGGAAACUGGAAUAGACGAAGUGUCCAACAAUCCAACGAUAAGGGAUCAAAAGCAGCCAAGUACCACAUCCACCCAGCUGGAUCGCAGCGAAAGAGAAAAGGAGAACACAAGCCCCCUCAUCGAUCUUGAUUGUGAAGUGAGCAGUCUCAACAGUGGCUUACAACAUAUUGUUGCGUUCGAUCCGCUAGCCACAGUCCGAUCAAGUGGUCCGGAGCAAUCUACAUAUGCUCAGCAUGUCAAGGCUCGCAAUUUUACUGAAACUGGUGAUAUUUUCGAUAUGCCCAAUAUCGAGGAUACAGCUAUGCAGCCUCAGCUAACUGAGAGUUUCUCUCUUUAUCCCGACCUAAAUAAAGAUCCGAUGCUGCUCCGUGCGACGACUCCAGCCUCUUUUACUAGUGAGCCUGUCCAACUAGGGCUCGCUACAAGUGCGCCAUUGCCUGAUUUGGAAGUUUCUGGCUCUGAUCAUAAGAGCGCCGCAUCGGACGACGGAAAGGAACAUGAACAGGCCCCUGGAUUCCGCAGCAAGGCCGAUGAGGUAGCACUGGAAUAUUUGCUCCAGCAAAUCAAGGAAAAUUCUACUCCAAGAAUUCCCAGCAUUGAGGAGAUUGCGAUACCUCUUGAUGCUAGCCUUUGUGACCCUGUACCUCGAGCUCUGUCUUUUAGCUCGGGUGGCAGUGCUCCGCACGGUGAUAUCCAGCAACGUCAACACGUUGGUCAGUGGGUUGAGAAUGUGCCAUCUCUUUGCCCGGACCUCAUUGAUAUCUCACCUCAGAUGCUUUAUCCUCGCUUGCCUAAUCUUUUGCAAUCCAACUCUGAAGAUGGUGAGCAAUAUGCGGAAGCAAAAGUGAUUGAAACGCUUGCUGUCUCGGAUGAAACUGAGACAAGAGAAUUCCAGAGGUCAAUGUAUCAUCAGCGGCCUUGCGGCAAAUCCUUUCAAUGGGUGGAUGAAGUGAUUAAUGCCGUGGGAAGGGCAGAUAUUGAAGUCCACACUGCUAAUGCCGGGGAGGGGAAUGAAAACAGCACAACCAAUGCAGAGAACGGAGAAAACGUUCAAGCCCCCAUUGCUAAUAACUGGCAGCGAAGAACAGGAUCAAAAGCAAAAGAAGCACUGCCACAAAAAAGCACUGCUUUGUCCAUGAAGAUGGCUGCGAAAUCAAGAGAAAAGAAGCAGAUGCAUGAAUCAACAGAGAAUUUGUUUCGUUUUCUUCAACCAAUCCUUGAUGCAGUUCGCAGCUUCCCUGGAGCAAUGAGCCUUGAAAUCCAGUUCGGGCUUAUGUUCAUGCCCAGCCUACCGGCUUCAACCAAAGAGAGGGAGAUGAGCUAUAGGGAGGUUCACCAGCUGUUCUUCUCUAAGAAUAACUUGACGCCGCCUCCAAUCUCAUUCUUCGAGCGCUUGACUACAUCUCCUGCCGAUAUUGACUACCUCAUCGAUUUGGAGGUCAACCAAUCUCGUCUGUUCGACCGAAAGUACAGCCACCGAGGCGUAAAGUACGAAUUCUGGUGCCGCGUUGGUCCGAACAGAACCAUUGUUAUUUCAGUCAAUGAAUAUGGACACGCUAUGAUCCGCUAUCCCGAGGUCUCCCUAGGCACUGUGCACUUGAGUUGCCCUUCACAAGUCUGGGAUGCAGCUGCUAGGGUACAUGGUUACAUCGAAUACAUUACGGGGGCUGAUCCGGAGCUUGACGAAGCUGCACGAAUGAUGGCGAAAAGCAUUCGGGUAGAGCCAAACAAUAAACAUCUUCGUAUGCUGGUCCGUGCUCCUCCGGCGUCAAAGAUCAGAAUUGAGAAGGUGUUCAUGGAACGAUGGAGCCGUCACCCUUAUCGCUCGAAAAAGAGCAAAGGCUUGUUUCUCCAAAUCAGCGAAAGCCAAGAACUCCUCGCCACCCCAUCCGUCUUUGAUCCUAGUAUCACGGUUUUGCAAAACGCCUCGCUUGAGAAGAUGGUCAAGGAUGGAAAGCAGUGGUGGCAGGCCUCGAUUGUCAGCAGCAAAGUGGACGACAUCAUGAAAUCAAAUUCCUUCCUUGAACCCGGUGAUCGCAACGAGUCCUGGUGUGCAACAGAUCUUCUCGGUGCAGAUGUCAGGAGGGUCCUUCCCUCUGAUGUAAACCAGAAGCUGAGCACCCUCGGAGGCGAAGUCGGCCAUUCAGGAAUUGGAGCAAUGUUACAACUUGCCAAAACCGUGGUGCAGAAGAUCGAUGCUGUCGGGUACUGGAACAGAGGUCCUGCGAGUCUUGACAAGCGUGCUAACACAUCGACUGGUCGCAGCCAGGGUGGUACAGGUAUGGUCAAGGCGUCAUCCACCUUGGGCAAACAAAUGGUUCCCUGGAAUCAGCCAACUGAAUUGAAGGGAAAGCACAAGUGGUGA